AUGGCAAGCAAAACCUACAAUGUUGGAGUGAUCGGAUAUGGCAUGUCCGCCAAAGUCUUCCACAUCCCCCUAAUCCUCCGCACCCCGACCUUCACCCUCUCCGCCAUCGUGCAACGAACCCCCAAACCCACCGACUCCGCCGCGAAAGACCACCCCUCCGCAAAGAUCUACUCCUCCGCAACCGACCUCUUCGCCGACCCAAACCUCGAGAUAAUCGUCAUAACCACCACCCCAGACACACACUUCGAAUUCACCAAAUCCGCCCUCGAAGCAGGCAAACACGUCAUCGUCGAGAAGCCCUUCGUUCCCACCUCCUCACAAGCACAGCAACUAAUCGACGUCUCGAAAGCCACAGGGAAGCUCAUCUGCGUCUACCAGAACCGGAGAUGGGACGCUGAUUUUCUCACUGUGAGAAAACUGAUCAGCGAGGAUACGAUCGGCAGGGUGGUCGAGUUCGAGACGCAUUUCGAUCGGUAUAAAGCCGUCAAGCCGGAGACGUGGAAGGGCACGCUGGGCAUGGAACAGGCGGGUGGAGUGGUGUAUGAUUUGGGGACGCAUUUGAUUGAUCAGGCGUAUGUGCUGUUUGGGCUGCCGGAGAGCGUUACGGCCGUUUUUGCGAAUCAGAGGGAUGAUGGGGGGGAGGAGCCGGAUAGUAUUACGGUGCUGCUUGGGUAUGGAACGGGGAAGCCGCUGGUUACGGUUAAGGCGGGGGUGAUGUGUGUGGAGACUGAGCAGUUAAGGUAUUGGGUGAGGGGAACGAAGGGGAGCUUUAAGAAGUUCCAUUUGGAUGUGCAGGAGGAUCAGUUGAAAGCUGGUAUGAUGCCAGGUGAUAAGGGAUUUGGUGUUGAGGGCGAGGAGAGAGCGGGGACGUUGGUUGUGCUUGGGGAGGAUGGGAAGCCAAAGGCUAGCGUGCUGAAGAAUGUUGAGCCGGAGACUUAUGUCAAGCUCUAUGAAGGCUUUGCGAAGGCUGUUGCGGGAGGGGGAGAGAAGGAGGUUCCUGUGAAGGCAAGUGAGGCGCGGGAUGUGUUGAGGAUUAUUGAGGCUGCGAAGGAGUCUGCUAAGAGUGGGAAGUCUGUGAGUUUGUAG